GGAAAUUAUUAAAUUCGCGCAAAUAUAGUUUCUUUGCAAGCACCGUGUAACAACGCAGAUUAACUUUUUUGUGUGCCCUUUUUUGAGUCUCCUUUUCUUCUUUCUCUACCCCCUCCUCUUCUACAGUAGCCCUUUUCCUUUUUGUAUAGAACCAUGCAGACAUCAUUGUCACAGAAUCGUCACUUGAUUCUGAUCACAGUUAUUUUAGCAUUACUAUUCACAUUGUUCUAUGUAUUUCAACCUAGCGAUCAGACCACAGCAUCUUCGAAAAAGCAACAGCUCUCAACUCUCGACGACAUCCCUCUUCCAGGCAAGAGACUAAAAACUGUCUGUGACAAGGUAGAUAUUGCUUGGUUGGCUGCUGAUCGACACUAUUGGGAUGGAUGGUCUGACAAGGCCAUGUUUAUUAAAGCCGAUGGUACAUUUACUCAGCGAAACGUAUAUAUCAAUCAGGGUGAAGAAGUCUGUGUUGUCGUAUUGCUCGGUCCAACACCCGCUAAAGCAUCCAUCAAAGAUGAUUCUGCACAUACAGGACCUAAAGAUAGCAUUGUUAUGUUUGCAACUGGAGAAGCUUCAAAACUGACUAUUCAGUUAGAGCAACACGAAGCGCAACAAAACGCUUAUUUUGCACCUACUCUUUUUCAACAAGCCGAUACCUAUAGACUGGAGGGUAUCAACGAAUAUAGAUCUUAUUUCUGGGAAUCUCCCGUUUUGCACUCUUACCACCCACAUCCAUUUGAAUCACAGAAUAAAUUAAUUGUUCGACCUGCCGCCUUAAAAAAAUCCAUUUGCAACUCAAACACAACUUCGCUGCUUAAGGGUACCUGGGUCGAUAUUGAUACUUACAAGCUGGAGAACGAAAUGGACUUAUAUACGGCAUAUGAAAAGACCGAAAGCAUCUACUCUGUCAACCGUAAAGUCUUUAUGGCUGAUCAUUGUGUUUUGGGUUACAAAAGUAGAGGUCAGGGUGCACAAUGUCUUGGUAAAAAGAUCGUCCAUGUGUUUGGUGAUAAUAAUGUCCGCAGGAAUUUGAAAGCGAUUCAAUCCGGUAAAAAUUGGUGCGACAUUGAUCAGAUUAAGAAGAUCAAAAACAAGAAGGAACGCAAUGAAAAGCUAAAAUGUGCUUGUAACGAUGAUCAUGAAGACACUGGGGAUUAUCCUUGGUUACACGAUCAACCUAUGCAGUUGACUAAUUCUUGGGAUGUCGAUAGUAAAAUAUAUUUCAACCAUAUUUCACAAACCAUUGGAAACCAUCAAUCAGAAAUUAAGCAUUCUAUCAGUAGCUUUGUAUCAAACGAAACUACUCCAAAAGCAGAUAUUGUGAUUGUAGGUUUAGGCAAUGCCGAUGUUGAAGCGAUCCAAGUCUCCCCCGAAAAAUUCGCUGCUACCUUUAAACAGUUUGUGUCUUACCUUCGUCGAGAUAUAUACCCAGACCAAAAAAUCAUUAUAAAGACACCCCAAUACUUUUGCUGUGGUACCAUCUGGUCCACCUCAUGGAACACCGGUAGAAGUUUGGCAUUCACCCUCACUGUACGAGAGGCCGUACGAGAAUUAAACGAUAAUCGUGUAUUAUUAUGGGAUGUUCAUACACUUGGCACCAGUGAGACCACCUGUUUGUCAAAUGGCGGUUCUUCAUACUCAAAAAGAAACGUUGUCAAUGUAGAAAACUUGCUUUUAUGGAACUUAAUUUGCGAAAACUAAAACUAAACCCCAAAACAAACUCCUCAUCAUAUACACACUAACACACACAUAUCCCCAUUACGCACAUAUAAUCUCACUCUGUAUUUAAAAUAAAGCUUUAUUAAACAAUAUAUCUAUUUUA